AUGGCCUCUGGACGCUCAGAACGCGUCUACCACCAGGACUACAUUGCGCGCAUCAGAUACUCUAACACAUUACCACCUCCUCCAAACCCGCCAAAGCUUCUCGACAUCCCUGGAACCGGCAUCGCCUCGAACAACUACACAUCAGCAUCAUAUGCCCUCAAGCUUGCAAGAGAGCAGCCUCUCAACAUUGAGGCCGAUGCCGAGCUCGGAAUGCCCAUUGACCUGGUCGGUCUGCCAGGUGUCUUUGACGGAGACGAGAGCGGUAUGUCCAUCAUCACUCUCUCUAGCACUGCCCUCAUACUAACAGACAACNNAGCCAUCAUGGCCCAGGACUCUCCGCCGCCGCUUCACCCCAAAGACCGAGCACUGCUCAAGCCGCUAUCAGCACUGGGCAAGCCGACAGCAAUGAACUCUGGUGUCAGUUUCCUUCGCAGAACAGAAUACAUCUCAUCCAACGCCGCUGCUGUCCAACGCUUCGAGUCGAGUACCUCNAAAGAUCUUUUGCGCGUGCGCAACGACCCCAAGCGUCGCAAGCCUCCUCCGACCGUCAACCGCGACGACCCCAUCAACAUCAUCAGAUCCCUCGUCAAGGGCUUUGACCUUGCCUACCCCGAAGAUGCCUACACUGGCCCCGAUUCUGAGACAAACAUCCGCGGCGCUCCUAUCACUGAAGCCGACAGAACUGCUUGGAAGAAGCCGAAACAUCCUACCAACCCCAACCUGACCCUUUUGGACUCGUACCCUCUUCUUCCUGAUCUGGACGCCAUACCGUUGAUUGGCGACUAUCAGAUCGUCAAAUUCAGUACCAACCCCGUCGCUCAAUCAGAUUCCUACGACCAUCGCCUCGAUACAGCACUAUUGCGACCACUCGGCGCAGACCUUAACUUGAUGGAAGAGCGUAUGGCUGCCCAUAAAGCUGACCCCACCAUUCCCAAGCCUCUUCCUGAAUGGGACUACGACUUGUUCCUGGCCGAGCAUGAAAGCUCUGUUCGUGGUAUCAAGCGCAAGUUUGACCCGAACGACGUUCAAAACGACGACCCGUCACUCUACGACACCGAGGCAGACGGCGAGAGCUUCUUCCAGUUUCAGCGUAUCCGCGAGUACGAGACAUACCAACAGGCUGGUGAUGCCGACAAUUCGUAUGGCGACACAGUUGCUCUUGCGCUUCAUGACUCUGGCGACCGUCUCCAAAAGGGUGCCUACUUCUACCCUGUAAAACAACGAACCAACCUUCGUCCGAAGCGCAAGAUACCCGGACUCAUCGAGGAAGGCCGUGUCGAGCACGUCGACGUCCUACAUGUCAACGUCAGAGACCCCAACUCAGAUGAAAUCACUAUGCGCACAGAUCACCAAACUGCGCUCGAUCCUACCACCGAGAGUGUAUAG